AUGCGGCCAAUGCAGGUCGUAUUCAUCCACCAUAACCAGACUGGUGGCCGUCUAUCCCAGGCAAGUACAACAAAGGCAUGGGCCCAUAUCGGCAAAAGAUCUUGGCAGCCGAGACCAGAGCAUCUGACAUUCAAGAUAUGGGAACCACAGGAGAAAGAUCCUGGUCCUGAGGGAUAUUAUGAUUUAAAAGGCCAGGAGACGGUUACGGUCUCUUUCCGCCGGCUCCAGCAGGCGUAUGUAGCUAAAACAGGUCUUCAGAAUAUUGAUCCGCCUGAACAACUCGCGCUAGUGGAAAACACCCUGCACAAUGCGAAAAAGCAUUUCUACCGAUGUGCAGCAGAAACACACCCGGAGUGGGACAGAUAUGUCCAAAAUUUCCACAGGGUGAAGUUCAGCAUCAAGUUCGGAGUCGACAGUCUGCGUAGCCGGAACUAUACCGAAGCAUUUGCAUUGUUCGAAUACGCUGCACGAUUGCUCCAAGAUUACUUGACCUCGAGCGCACUUGAUAAUGUUACUGGAUUUUUUGACAGCUUUGUACCUGCAUUGCUCUAUGCGCAAUUUCACAAAGCACACGAUGUGGUUGAGCUGUUUCUCAAGCAGAUUCGCGGCCUCGCAUCCAUAUCUCGUGGUCCAAUGCAUCCGAUUUCGGCCAUUGCCAGAAAUUUACUCGCAUCUGACAUUACACCGGACUUGGUCCAAAGACUUAUGUUAAUCGAAGUCCGACAGUAUUACUCGGACCAACCAGGAAUUGAACACUUCAUACAUGGAAUGCUAUUUGAGUGGAAGUGUUGUGACCUUGGCCAGAGCUAUCCUAUCCAGGAGGCCGAAUAUACAUACCAAUACCUCAAUGACCACGCAGUUAUCAAUAAUGACCGCCCUAAUCCUCGCUUUGAUGGUCAGUUUAUCAACAUGUCAAUGGCACUACUUUACCUCGGGCAUUCCAAGUUCAUCGAAGCCGCAGCUGUUUUGUCCGAUGUGCCUGGUCAAUUCGCGGAAUGGAUUGAGAGAGGUUAUAUUUUUACUACACCUCCCACAGCACCGUUAUCGAUGACAGGCAUUGUCUGUAGCCUCACAUAUCUAGCGCGAGCCCUGGCAGGUCAGAAUCUACAUGAAUCCGCUGAAGCAAUGUUUCGGAUGGCCAUAUUUGCUGGGCAGAAUCAUUUCGAGCCUGAUCACCCCGUGUCUAUCGAAGCAAUGAAGGCGGCUGCAGACUAUUUUUUCAGUCAGAGUCAAAAGAGAGAUGCAGGAGAGAUGCAGGAAGCGAUAGAUGCAAGACUCAAGUCAUAUAUGCUUACGAUGUAG